GUAAUCAGAACGUGUAGGUCAAAAAAUGGACAACUUGAUUUGCGUGAAGGACUUUGAAGUACAAGCUCACAAAUUACUACCAAGAAAUACUUUGGAUUAUUAUAGAAGUGGUGCUGGAAGACAGGAGACUUUAAAGAACAACCGAAGUGCAUUUUCCAAAUACAAAAUACGUCCAAGAUGUUUACGAAAUGUUGCCAAAAGAGACUUGAGCGUGACAAUUUUAGGCGAAAAAAUCUCUAUGCCCAUAGGAAUAUCGCCUUCUGCCAUGCAAAGAAUGGCCCACCCAGAGGGAGAAUGUGCCAAUGUCCGAGCUGCUCAAUCCAUGGGAACUAUAUACACUUUAAGUACCAUAUCAACUAGUAGCAUAGAGGAAGUGGCCGAAGCUGGACCCGACGCCUUAAAAUGGUUUCAAUUGUAUAUUUACAAAAAUAGGGAAAUAACUAAAAGUUUAAUAAGGCGUGCCGAAAAUGCUGGGUUCAAGGCUUUAGUUUUGACAGUCGAUACGCCUAUGUUUGGAUUGAGAUUGGCCGAUAUGAGAAACAAAUUCAGUUUGCCUUCGCAUUUAACACUAGCCAACUUCCAAGGUCAAUACUCAGAUACCCUGAACAAGAAAGGGAAAAAUACGGGUUCGGCCCUCAAUAAUCUCGGUGAUUUACUGGAUGCCUCUCUGGAUUGGGCUGACAUCCAUUGGCUGAAAUCCUACACUCGUCUUCCCAUAGUUUUGAAAGGUGUUUUAACUGCCGAAGACGCUCUUUUAGCUGCUGACGCUGGAGUUGCUGGGAUUUUAGUCUCUAAUCAUGGAGCUAGGCAAGUGGAUGGAUGGCCAGCAUCAAUUGAAGCUCUCCCGGAAAUAAUCGAAGCUGUAGGUAAAAGGAUCGAAGUUUACAUGGAUGGAGGGGUAUCGGAUGGAACUGAUGUCUUCAAAGCUUUGGCUAUGGGUGCUAAAAUGGUCUUUAUUGGACGCCCUGCUCUCUGGGGACUGACUUGUGGAGGCGAAGAUGGAGUCCGAAAAAUUUUGACUAUUCUUAGGACUGAGUUUGAGUAUGCUUUGGCUAUUUCAGGUUGUUCUGAGGUUGCAGAUAUUCGACGUUCGAUGAUUGUGCAUGAAUCUUAUUAUUCCAAAUUAUAAUUUGUCUAAUCAAUAUAUCAAUCAAUACAAUUUUUCUAUAGGUAAUCAUUGAACUUUACCAAGAAAAAAUUAAAAGCACAAAUUUACCCUUACAGAGUAUUUAUUAAAUCUAUGCGUACUUAGGUAUAAACAUUAUUUUAUUAAUGUAACUGAUGUAAUAUGUAUGACAAAAUAUACCUAAUAACAAUAAUCCA